UUUAGGCGUAGCUUCCGACGCCUUUGCAAUUAAAAUCAUAAAAACUAAAACACUCGAUGCCAAACGCUUCUCCGCAUUGAUCUCUACUGUUUCUGAGGAAGUGCACUGAAAGAAGCCGGGGCACGAAGCCUGAAAUGCUGGAUGAGGAAGGACGAUGGGAGAUUUUAUUAAUCCCGAUGAUGGGGAAUCCAGAGAGGAUGCCGAGCCUGCAGAGCCUUUAGGGGCGCCUAGGGAUCAUGGUUUUGUUGAUCCCGUACCUGAGCCAAAUCAGGACCAACCCGACGUAAAUGAGGAUUCACAGGAAGUGCCAGGCGAGCCUGUCAUUGACCAGGAAGAACAGGAACAACCUGAAGGCGUUGGGGAUGCGCCUCUUCCGGUUUCUCCCAUUGAAAAUGCUCAACCCGUGGCUAGUCCACCAACCGGUUCCCGGCGGUCUCGUGGCGAGGAUUCCGCUGUGAUCUCACUGGACACUCCGUCGCCACCAAAGAAACGCAAGCGCGGCUCCCCCGCAUCCAAUUCUAGCUCUAAAAAAUCGUCCCCAGAGGCCAAACUUGCCUGUCUGGACCAAGACGAUGACGAUGGCAUGACUUGUCCCAUUUGCCUGGAACACUGGGAGAUGUGUGGCGAACAUCGUCUGGUCUCGCUGCGUUGCGGCCAUCUCUUUGGCGAGUCCUGCAUCCGUCGUUGGCUAGGCGAAAGCCAGCGUCAGUCCUCUGUAAAAGUGUGUCCGCAGUGUAAGACGAAAGCCACAUACCGCGACAUCCGUCAUCUGUAUGCCAAAAAGAUCCAAAUGCUGGACACGGGUAUUAAAACGCAGCUGGAGGCGGAGCGCCGGCGCAAUCAGGAAUUGACUACGGAGCUGGCCACGUCGAAGCUGUGCAACGCCCUCGCUUCUGAGAAGCUGUUAGUGCUGCAGGCUAACUACGAUCGCAUGAAGGAAUUGGUUAGAGUGGGCGGCGUUCGUGGAGCCUUUGCGGAGGAGGCAACCGGCAGCAGUGGGCUCUUGAGCAUCCACCAGUUGGCUUCCCAUCGCCUGUAUAUGGAGAAGAACUUUGAGAUCACCCGGGAACCGGGCUGUCGGGUGCUGCUCUUCUCCGCCAAGCACUCGGUGCUGGUGGCCUCGCAGAAGAGUGCCCAGAAUCUGUUUCCCGGCUACGGAAUGCGCUUCAUUGAUCCACCUAGCUUUAAGCCAUUGCAUUUCCUGCAUACCUCGGCCUUGCUGGUCAGGGAUGCGGCGUUCAGCGAGUCGCAGCAGCUGCUUGCGGUGGCCAGCCGGGAGCCGAAGAUCAAGCUAUUUGACAUCCGCACGCGUUUAUGCUCGUCCAUGUUUUCGGCCCACGACAAGAUGCUGUGGUCGUGCGCCCUGGAUCGUAACGAGCGUGAGCAUUUUCUCUACACCGGCGACUUGCGAGGAGGAGUCUACAUUUAUGACCUGCGCUUUCCAGAGAACAUACUCUGCGAAUUCCAAGCCAAUGAUAACUUUAGUCCUGUGAUACACAUAGUUACGGUGCCACCGAAUAAGACUUUUACCAGCGGCGGCUUUCUGGUCUGCCAGCUGACAGCCCUCACAUUCUACGAGUACGCGUCAGCCAGCGAUACGGCCGUGCCCACCCGGCUCAACGUGGAAGGGCCAUUCCUGUCCUUGCAAUACGAUGCCUUGCUGGACACGCUGCUCAUUUCAGUUAGAGCCAAUUCAAAUAUACCUCAUUCCCGCUUCAUACUCGGCCAGCUGGAGAAGAUGGAUAAUACGCCGGUGCUGAAGGUUAAGGCCACCAUUUAUGGCUCCCAGUCCACACCCGUAAUGACACGUCCUACGCAACUGGGCGUCGAGGAUAACACAUUGGUGUUGGGCUAUCUGCAGGACAAAAAGGUGUUGAUGAUGCAUGAUGUGCGGCGUGAGGAACGCGUCCAGACAAUGCCCGUUAACGAGGUGAUUUAUGACAUUUGCCCGGUGGCCACACAGGCGGGAUCCUAUCUGGCCGCCCUCACCGACAACAAGUGUCGCGUCUACAAGGUGAAUAGUUCCAAACGUUGAGACGUGCCAUCCAUCCUAGCCAAGUUAGGGUAGAACAACUGACUGCAGCUAAUUGAACUUAGUAUUAGUUUUUUUAAUUUUUAAGUUUUUCAUUUAUUAUAAACAUUUUGUGAACAUAAAUGUACUUUCCAAUUUCUCUCA